UCGAACGCUGGUUCGGAUGAUGGCUCCUCCCGGUGAACUCCGAAGCAGCUUGGAUUGAUUACUAAGUUGGCCACAUUUCCGAUUUUUUCCCCCUUAAGUCAUGCUUGGAAUCGCGGGAGCUUUUUCAGGAGACGGCCUUCCAAGCCACCUCUGCGGUCAGGGCUGCUUGAUUUAGGAGAGGGAGUUUUCAUUUGAUUUUGAAAAAUCUUCAGAAACCUUCAGCUCCGCAUAUCGCCGUUGUAGGUGGACUUAUGUUCUUACUGUGCAUAGGCCGCGGUGACCGUUCUAUUUGGGGUAGAAAAUUAUGGUUUUCUCUACUGCGUAGCACUGAGAGCUCUCUGGAGAUCAGCCACUCUUAAAAGUUGAUUUGAAAACCCUGCCUCGAAAAAAAACCAAAACAACCCAAAAACCUCCAAACAAACAAAACGUUGAUCUCAUUCGUGUCUUCCCUCCCUGUACCUCUGGAACAAUGGUCCGAAUUGAAUGAAGAAGCCUCGUAUCAUAGCGUUUGAUGAGCUGAAGACCGAUUACAAGAACCCUAUAGACCAGUGUAAUACCCUGAACCCUACAGUUGAAAAGCUCAAAAAGAUUAAAAGAGUCAAAAUUGCACUAAAGCUUGUACUGCCAGAGUACCUCAUCCAUGCUUUCUUCUGUGUCAUGUUUCUUUGUGCAGCAGAGUGGCUCACACUGGGUCUCAAUAUGCCCCUUUUGGCAUAUCACAUUUGGAGGUACAUGAGCAGACCGGUGAUGAGCGGCCCUGGACUCUACGACCCGACGACCAUCAUGAACGCGGACAUCCUAGCCUACUGUCAGAAGGAAGGGUGGUGCAAGCUAGCUUUUUACCUUCUAGCCUUUUUUUACUACCUGUACGGCAUGAUCUAUGUUUUGGUGAGCUCAUAGAACAACGCAGAAGAAUCGGUCCAGUUAAGUGCAUGCAAACCGCCUCUAAUGAAGGGAUUCUAUCCAGCAAGGUCCUGUUUCCAAGAGUAGCCUACGGAAUCUGAUCAGUUACUUUAAAAAAAAAAUGACUCCUUAUUUUUUAAAAUGUUUCCACAUUUUUUGCUUGUGGAAAGACUGUUUUCAUAUGUUAUACUUGGAUAAAGACUCUAAAUGGAAUUACGUAUAAAUUAAUAUAAAAUGAUUACCUCUGGUGUUGACAGGUUGAACUUGCACUCUUAAGGAACAGCCAUACCCCUCCGAGUGAUUGCAUUAAUUACUGACUGCCCUGAGUCCGUUGGGAGUUUUGUUUAGAGGGCUCAAUAUAAAUUAGCUGUAGAUACGAGGUGCUUCUGGUGAACUGAAAAUGUGUAUGUGACUUGUGGGAAGCAUUGUAGGUUUCCCCACUUAUCACUGUAGAUGAUUGUGUAUGGACACGACAAUAAGAAGAGUGGGAUUUCUUCCCCUGUCGACUUGAAUAUUAUCCCUAUGUAUUGCAUGAGAGAGGGAUUUCCCUCCUUCCCAUCAGAGUAAUCAGUACACUUGCUUUAAUUCUUAAGCAUAAGUGAUAUAAGCAUAUGUUGAAUUACCUGUAAAGAAUGCAUUUAAAGCUAUUUUAAAUGUGUUUUUAUUUGUAAGACAUUAUUUACUAAGAAAUUGGCUAUAUUAUGCUUACUGUCCUAAUCCAGUGGUCAAGGUAUUCUUAAGAAUUUGCAAGUACUUUAGAUUUUCAAAAAUGAACGAGAGAACUGUGUAACCACCCUGCUGUUCCUUCAGUGCAACACAAUAAAACUCUGAAAUGAA